CCUGGGGUUUAAAGGCGGCGCUCCGCCGCCGGGACUCGGAGCCGUCGGGGCGCAGCGCGGGGCCGGGGGAGCCCGAUGGGGCGGGGGCAGCGCGGCGCCGCCCGCCCCUAGGCUGCCCGCAGGAUGCCGGCGGCGCUGCGGCUGCUGUGGCUGGGCUGCCUCUGCAGCCUCUGCCGCGGGUAUUUCGAGGGUCCCCUCUACCCCGAGAUGUCCAACGGGACCCUGCACCACUACUUCGUCCCCGACGGCGACUACGAGGAGAACGACGACCCCGAGCGCUGCCAGCUGCUCUUUCGGGUGAGCGAGCAGCGGCGGUGCGGGGCGGCGGAGGCAGGCGGAGGGCUCAGCCUGCGGGAGGAGCUGACGGUGCUGGGCCGGCAGGUGGAGGACGCGGGCAGGGUGCUGGAAGGCAUCGGGAAGAGCAUCUCCUACGACCUGGACGGCGAGGAGAGCUACAGCACCUACCUGCGCCGCGAGUCCGCCCAGAUCAGCGACGCUUACUCCAGCUCGGACCGGUCGCUGAGCGAGCUAGAAGGCAAAUUCCGUCAAGGGCAGGAGCAGGGGAGCCGGGAGGAAGCCCGCCUGGGAGACAGCUUCUUGGGGUUGCUGCUGCACGCCCGAGCCCUGCUGCGGGAGACCCGGCACAUCUCCGUCGGGCUGCGGGACAAGCACGACCUCCUCGCCCUCACCGUUCGCAGCCACGGCGCCCGUCUCAGCCGCCUCAAGAACGACUAUCUCCGUGCCUGAGCUUCGUCCCCGCUUCAUCCCGUCCCUCUGCAGCACCACCCCGGGAACGCGGGGUCUGCCUGGGAGGAGCGCCUCCUCACUCAAAUGCAUCCUUCAUGCACCCCCUCAAAUACAUCCUCCGUGCACCUCCUCACUCAAAUGCACCCUUCAUCCUGGAAAAAAACUUAUUUAUUAUACUUGAUUUCCUAAACAAAUAGCGCGUUUCUAUAAGCCGGGAGGUUAGAGGUAUGUUUAAGUUAAUAUCCCGUAUUUAAAAGUUACUCCAUGUCAUAUCGUUCAUCUUUGGUUACAAAGCAAAGAGUUCUUUCUCGUGUCCAAUUGCCUGUUGCUGGUUUAUGUACUGUCUGUUUCGCUGCAGCUCACCUGCUCCAAGCAUGGCUAAAGUUCCUGCCCAUGGCAGGGGAGGUGGAACUGGAUCAUUUUAAGGCCCCUUCCAACGCAAACCAUUCUUUGAUAAAGGUGGUGCUCACCAGCCACCUUCGGACUCACGUGUAGCAGAUGCUUAAAUUGCUUUUGUGUUAUCCUCCUUCAGGGUGAGACCUUUGACCCUCUAUUAACUUUCUUAAACUUUUGUAACAGUAUGUAUUCUAUACAAGUAAAACAUUGUUCUACUACACAACUUAAAACUGUGAUUUCUAUUUGUGUUUUGAAAGACGGGAACUAUUCUGGCAGGAUUUGUAUUCUUCUAGGCUUGCUUAUCUGUGACUCUAAGCGAUCGUAACCCCAAGAGCCGUCCAAAAAGGCUUAUGUCAGAUUCUGAGAAUGCUGAUGUAGAUUUUUAUAGUAAGAAGAAGGAGCCCUGGCGGUGAUUUGUAGUUUAGAUCCCAAAUUUGAGAGCUGGGUUUCUCAGACCAUGUUUCUAAAGCAGAUAAAAAGGUUUAGUCUGUGCCAGCACAGUGACAUUUCUUGUUGGUGUCUUUGUACUUUUGCUAGCUAAGCUAUUAAUAAAACUAUUUGUGCUCCUAGACAAUAGCAAAAGUGCCUACUGGGAAGGAGGGGGAGGAUUGUUUGGGUUUUUAGACUCAUUGCUAUUUAAUUGUCAGUUUGGGGUAAUGUGGCUACUAAGUUACAGAUACUGCAGGCAGAAUUUACUGUUUGGAUGAACAAAAGUUCAUAUGUUAUUUUAAUAAAUAUUUGAAAACAAUGUUAAAGCACUUUUUUUCUUUUAUUCUUCUGCUUGAGACGCUCUUGACUUAAAAGAUGCUGAUGCAAUAUGUCUUUUCAGCUAAAAUUUGUGAGUAUGCAGAUCCUGCCAAAUGAAAUAACU